AUGACCCACCUGCGCACCAGUGACCUUUGCUACCAUGCUGCUCUCAAGCCAGAGUUUCUGGCUAAGAACCCUCCCCUCAAGCUCUACUUCCUAGUGACCCGUCUCCAUGACUCCCUUCGCCCCAUCCGAGACCACUUCCUUUCUCUUGACCCUACCGAGCUCACCCUAGCCUCGUUUGAGUCACGACUCUUGGAGGGUGACACCAGUGCCUACGCUGUAGCUGCCUCCCGUGCGGGAGGCGCAACAAAGGUGUGCGUCAGAAGGGCAAAGGUCGUGGAGGUGGCGGCGGGGAUGGCAGUGGCAGGGGCGGUGGAGGUGGCGGUAGUGGAGGUGGUGGAGGUGGUGGUGGCCGGGGUGGUGGGGGUGGCGGGGGUUGCGGGAGUGGCGGGGGCGGGUGGCGGCACUUCGGGUGGCGGAGGCGGCUCUGUUAUGUGA